AUGGGGGCCUACAAGUACUUGGAAGAGCUCUGGAAGAGAAAGCAAUCAGAUGUGCUGCGCUUUCUGCUGCGUGUGCGCACGUGGGAGUACCGCCAGCUGCCGGCCGUGCAUAGGUGCAGCCGGCCGACGAGGCCUGACAAGGCGCGGCGGCUGGGCUACAAGAAGAAGCAGGGCUUCGUGAUCUACCGCGUGCGCGUGCGCCGCGGAGACCGCAAGCGAAUGGUGGCGAAGGGCAUUGUCUACGGAAAGCCGACGAACCAGGGCGUGCGGAAGCAGAAGGCGAAGAUGAAUCUGCGGGAAGUGGCGGAGCGGCGGGUGAGCCGCAGCGUCUGCGGCAACUUGCGCUGCCUGAACAGCUACUGGGUGGGCCAGGACGCCGUCUACAAGUACUACGAAGUCAUUUUGGUGGACCCCAGCCACGCGGCCAUUCGCAACUGCCCCCGCUACAAGUACCUCUGCAAGAGCACCAUGAAGCACCGCGAGCUCCGCGGCCUCACUGCUGCCGGCAGGAAGUCCAGGGGCCUCACUUGCAGGGGCUCCAAGAACAGCAAGCGCAUGCCCAGCGUGCGGGCCAACUGGAAGCGGCGCCAGAUGCUGCAGCUGCGCCGGCGCAGAUGA